GAUAAAAAAAAAUCUACGUUUAAAUUUGGCAACGGUGGGGCCAAACAUUUGGCGAUUCGACUUUUUUCCUGGUUGCCAGAAUUAGGCGGCCUGCAAAAAUAUACACAAGUGCAAUUUGUGCGUGUUUUCAAUAUUGCGAUUUGAAGUGUAGAAAAUUGCUCUCGUUAGAUGCGCGUUUUUUCUUUUUUGACAUUCGAAAAAUUCGAUCGGCUCCACCUGUUUGAGAACGUAAUGUAAUUGCCAGCAUUGCAUUGGAUUCAAAAACAUUAACAUUGUGCGUGUUCUUCACUGAGGUGAGUUUAAGGACUACUGAGUUGGUAACCUACAAUGGAAAUGCGCGCUCACCACAUUUUCCAUUCCGGGUUUGAGAUGGACUCUCAGCAACAACAGUUCUGCUUGAAAUGGAACAGUUUCGGAUCCAAUUUGGCCACUUCGUUUAGCAACCUUUUCAAGUCUGAGAGUCUUGCCGAUGUUACACUAUUUUGCGAUGGGGUCACAUUCAAAGCACACAAGCUCAUUCUGGCGGCCUGCAGCAAACAUUUAGCCGACCUGUUCGAGACGGCGCCUCAGCACCAAAACCUGCUGGUUAUUCUGGAUGGUACUUCGUCUUCGAACAUGGCUGCCUUGUUGGAAUUUAUGUACAAGGGCGAAGUUCACGUUUCGCAGGACGCACUGUCCAGUUUCCUCAAGGCGGCUGAGUGUCUGCAGGUCAAAGGACUGAGCAUUGAGCAUGAGAAGUUGGCCGUUGCUCAAAGUCACCCUGCAAGGCCGCAGGACAUGGAGGCGGCCCAACCACCGCCUGAUUCUCCCGGCAGAAAAGGCUUUAAGAUAUUGAAAGAAGACACUGAGAACAAUCAACCAAAUCAUCAGCAAUCGAGCCCGUCCCCCAGCUAUUCCCCAAAAAUGUCACCCUACAUGCAGCACCAAUAUCGGCCCUACGAACGUCUGUCCUCAUCGAGUACUCCUCAAUAUGAAAUGAAACAUCCCAGAUCCCCUAAUGAGUUAGUGCAAGAGAACCGUACAACAGUUCUACGCGACGGAAGCAAAAAAGCCGUUUCCCCAACACCCCUAUCUCUAGCCUAUAGACCAUCCUCAAGUUCGUCUUGUUCCGCUCCUCCUCACAACGAAGCUGACGCCUCACCCGAUGUGAACUACGACGCUACUGAUCGAGCUACCGCCCUCAUUUGCCCGGAAAUUAACAAUGCUGACCGCUGCCGAGAUCCAGGAUGUCCCGAAGAUUUGCGAAUAAAAAUGGAACCGGUAGGAAUCAAAAUGGAACAGGACGAGCCGCCUUCGAGCACGGGAGGAGGAUCGGGAAAUUAUCUAGCAGGACUCUCUCCAAUGAACCAUACUGGGUCUCCGAACGGGAAUAUCGGGCUGAUUAACAAGUUCGAGUAUGACCGGGAUAAAACUGAUUUAAUACCAACCACUCUUUGGAAUUCGACUACUGGAAAACUGAGGCAUCACAAACAGGCGACCGUUAACACACCGGAUGGCAAAAAACUGAAGUGUCCUUUUUGUGAGAGGCUCUACGGGUACGAAACCAAUCUGAGGGCCCAUAUUAGGCAACGACAUCAGGGUAUCCGAGUGCCAUGUCCGUACUGCACUCGCAGUUUCACUCGCAACAACACGGUCAGAAGGCAUAUAGCUCGCGAGCAUAAAAACGAGCCGAAUCUGAAGUCGUUUCCGCACCAUCAUCAGAUUUUGAAUCCUUAAAUGGACUGGAUCAGAAUGGAAGCGACAUCAGAAACCGGCAAAGUUGUGAUGUAAAUAUUCCCAGUUAUACAGCUGGUUUCAAUGGCCAAUGUCGUUUCCAGUGAGCCAUAUAUUUGUAUCAUGCGUUCACAUUGGCGGGAAGAGAAAAUGGUAGAUUUAAUGGACAUGGUACGGGUCAUUGUCCGUAUGUAGUAGAGGCCUACAGCAGGGUCUACUACAUGCGUUAGGCCUCAAGCAUGAAAUGAGUUUAUUUUUUCUAUAAUUCUACAUUAGGUCAGUUCAGAGUUUUGGUCAAUUUGUUGCAGUUAAACACUAUUUUGUUGUACUUACGCUAAAACUAAUUUAGGAAAGGUUAUUUUCUCUCUAAGCGAGAGAAGUUGUAGGCUAAGUAUCAUUUAGAGUGCGUCUGAUUCAAUCAGCUGAAAACAUCGGAAGUCUGGACAUGUUCUUUGUGGAAUUCCAAAUUCACCAUUCAAGUUUCGCUACUUUUACCCGCUAGUCAUUAACGCAACGCAGGUUUUUUAUAAGUUCGGUAUGCAAAGUUGAAGUUAGUUCUAAAGUUAACUCAGGAAAAAUAUAGGUUUAGAAAGAAUUAAGGUUUCAUUUGGUUUCGAGCCGUAGGACAGGGCUAGGGGCUAAAGCAGGUUUUUUAGUUUCGUUGUCCGGUGAAGUUGAUAUUUUAAAAAUUUAUUCUAAAAAAACAUGUCAAACUAUUGAAUACGGGAAAGCAUAGUUUCCUAUUUAAAGUUUGCAGAGUCAUUUUUCAGUACCAGUUUUUCAUAUACAUAUUUAUUUACAUCCUCAGUUAAUAGAAAAUUGUUUAAGUUUCAUUUCAGCAAGGAUAAGCAGAUUUUAUUUGCAUUUUUUAUUUUUUGAAUGGUUUCUGUUGAUUUUUAGUGGCAGUUAUUGCCUGUUAAAAUAUUUGUUUAAUGAAUCAAACCGUUGAUUUGGGUAAGUGUUUGAACCAGAAAAUAUUUUCAGUUUUUUUAAGAUUUCAAUUUUGUUUUUUUGCCCAAAUUUCUACCAUUGAUGAUAAAUUCCCUUGCAAUCUUAUUCAGCUCUUGGUGCACUUGAAAGCGAACUUGUUGAUCGUUGAAAAACGAAAAAAAUCCCUUGAGUGAUGGUGGUUUUGACAUGUUUUUUAUUUGCCUUAAAAAUAAUAACUAUGUUGGCUCAUUAUUUGCUGUUGGUAAAGCAACUGAUAUAUUUGAUAACAGCGCUCAAUGCUUGUCGAAGCAAUUUUGGGCUGGAUAAGCAUUGAGAUCCAUUGUCUAUGGAUAUUUGGCUCAAUAAAAACGAAAUAUGCACGUUCUCCUAGAGACGAAUAAAUUAGGAACUCUGAGUGAAGAUAUUCGGUUUUUAGACAUUUCCACGCAAUAAAAACGCUUUGUAAUUGCCAUGUAAACAGAUUAAGCCAAAAACUAGUUACAUACCACACCGACAUGCUGCAUAGUUUUCUAUAAGCCUAUUACUAGUCAAUAAUUUCUGCAACAGAAUACAAACUACUUACAGUAUUUAUAUAAUAUAAAUAUUCUUUACGGGUACCAUAAGUCAGUCACUACAUUGUAUAAAUAGAGAAGUUUUUGGUAUAUUUAGAUUUAUAUGUAUAUUUUUCGAGGUAAUUAUGUUCGAGACAUGCUUCGUUUUCAUUUGUGAGAUAUCGUAACUUGUCUACCUCAUUUUACAUGACAACUUAUUUUUUAGAUAGAUUUAAGCGUUCUAUUUGGAUGCCGUGGAAACUGAUAGGAGAGCGGGUUUACUACAUUAUUGAGCAAUUCUACAAGAUUUUCAAAUAAAAUUGCCAAUAAAUUGCCAUCUACUUAUAUUUUCCUAGUUUUCAUGGUUUACAAGAGUUAUACACCUCUGCCAGUACAUAAGAAGCUGAUUACUAUAUACACAUCUGCUCACUCAACAGCUACACUGAUUAUACUACCUACUACCUCAAACCACUGCAUUACAAUAGAAAAUUUAUACAAGUCGGCGUUAAGUUCGGGAAAAGCUGCUCUUUGAGCAGAUUCUCCCGAAAUCAGCCCGAAAUAUUAACAGAUCUGGUUACAUUUCUUUUUAUAUUAUUAUCAUUACUACUGAAUAAGUUAUUUAGUUUCUAGGUUGUUUUGAAAAUGGCUUAACUCAUAGGACAGGGACGAUUUUUGACAUUAUUUAUUGGUUUGUCCUGUGCGCGAUCCACGCCACUUCCUGUCCUCUUUGUUAAGUUGAAUGAGUGCAAAAAAUUCGUUUUAUGUAUGAUCAAUACGGGUACCUACUUUCUUAAUUUAACUUAGCCAAUAAGGUUCUACAUACAUUCAGGGUUCGUUGUUUAGCUUUAUAUUAUAUAGUUUCACCACUUAUCUAGUGCGCUUAUACAUUGUCGCUAAGAGAAAUUACGUUUUAAGUUUUCGGUUUAGUUUAUAAAGUUGUUUUUCUUUUGUACAAAUUGGUUUUUAAGGUGACGGAAUUCUAGGAAGGAAAUUAAGUUUUCGGGCAGUGUUUGCGGAUUUACAGUCAAUGAUGGGGGACCAUUUGCUCAAUUUAUUCAUUUAAUUUUCCUAUCAAAACCACUUCGAAUUGUGUUUGAUACGCCCCAGACAGCAAGAUUUUUGCAAAAUCACCACAGAAAUUUAAUUUUUACUGCAAAGGUGUUUUAAGCAUUUGCUCUUUAUUAACCAAACUGAAGCCCCGUUAUUGACGGUUGUUAAUGGUGCGUUGAAUACGGAAAAAACUGAACAUUUGGACAUGAAACGGAAAGUGGCAAUGCAAUGUGUAAGUUUAGGGCCUCAGAUGUGUUGGAAUCGGCUCAGAUGCGUAACGAUUGUAAAAGGAAUAAUUGUAGAUUUAAUUCGUAACUGUAAAUGUACCCAUGUUAAAGCUACAUGUAACUAAUUUACUAGUGAAACUGGUGAUUGUAUUUUGGCAGUAGCCUCAAUAGUAUUUAUUUUAGGAUACUGCCAAAAUAUAUGAACUUUUGAAACCCACACACAAUGCUAAGGAUUAAUUGUAUGCAAUAUUCUAAUCUCAGGUAAAUCUUCAGGGAAUUAUACGAUAUACAAAUAUAGUGUUCAUCUUACGCGCUGUUAAAAUAAUUUGAACGUUUCAUAUAGUCUGUUAAUGCCGAAUGAAAGUGUUUUGUAUGUUUGUUAUCAUAUGGCAUUAAGCAUGUAAUUUAAACCUCACCAGUGUUAAGAUUUCGAUUCGGGUACAAGACAGAUUUUUGUGCCUGAUUGAAGUGUUAACCGAAUGUAAAUACAACGGCACUCGAAUUAUUCAUUUAUUGUUGCCUGUGACGCUGUGUACGAUCACUUAAUGUUGAAAAUAUAACACAGUACAAAUAUACAAAAUCUACCUCAAAAUUAUAUAUAAAACUUAAUCGGUAUACAGCUCAGUGUUUAAUAAUACUUAGUACAAACAUUGUAAAUUAAAAAUAGUUUUUCGGAUAAAAUGUUUAUAAAACUUACCUAGAUGUUUAUAUGUCGAUGUUUAAAAAUAUAACGUUUGUGCAAGCACAUCUCAGGGAGUAUCUUAAGUACAAAAUUGUUGUACCAUUAUGGAAAUAUUUAUAUCGAAUAGCAAUAGUUUAUAAAUAAAACACGUUAAGAUUUCGAAAAAUUUUCAGUCAUACAAACAACCGACAUUGCCUUUAAACAAAAACAAAAUUCAAUUUUCUCCACUUUAUAACAUUAAGAACCACAAAUAGCCAAUUGUAUCUACCUCAAUGUUAUCAGGAAAAUUUCUAUUUGAUGUAAAUUAAUUAAACAAUUUAAAUAAGUCUAGGUAAGUUACGUAAUUACGGGAAUUUCUAAGCUAAGUAUUGAAAUUUAUAUUGCCUGAUAUUUUCCUUGUACAUAAAGCUGCAAAAACAUGUGCAUAUAAUAUAAGGAUGUUGGAAUUAGGAUUGUAGCAUUUUAUUAUUAUAUGACUAUAGUAAAGAGUCAUGUCAAAAGCGUGAUAGUAGUUUUUUAUAUUUACGAAGUUCGGAGGUACAUGUUCUGCAGUUUUAUUGCCAUCGUUAUCUUCAGUUCUUAACUAGAAAUUCAAUGUUAGAUGUAUUCCACUAAAUGUAAAAAUCACAGUGCUGUGUGUUCCUUGACUUUAACGUUACAUUGUCACCAUUAAACUAUUGUAAAAUCGCAGAUUUUUGCAAACACCCUCUAGAACAACCCCACAGCCACAUUCGGCUUGAGUGUUUGCGAAAAAAAAUCUGCUCAUGUUACGGCUAAGUAUGUAUUUGAUGUGAAGCAACCCAACACGAAACUUUCACUCCUCUUGUGUUAGGAGUAUAAACAGAACAAAUUUAAUUGUAUAUAAUUUGAAAUGCAAGUACCAUAUGUAACAAUGUUUCUGUUUUACUUAUUGAUUUUAAUAAACAAUUGUCGUUUA